AUGUUUCCUGUCACUACAGUAGCACCAUAUGCAUUGACUCCAUCUAACAAGCUCUUGUCGGUGCUUAAGCCAAUCCCUUCCAUACCAGAGGAUGCCAUCCAGUCGGAAGUCAGAGCCACAAUCCCAGUAUUUGCCUCGGUGGACGUAAGUGAGAUCAUCAGCACAAACACUCACAAGCUCUUGACCAAAAAGUCACUUGAGUCGAAACAGUCCACUGCUGAUGAGGAGCCUGUGGAAGAUGCUGGCCAGGAAGACGAGCAGCCAGAGAAAUACGUGGAGAUUUCUUCAUUGCUCCCUUCAAACAAAAAAGACCAACUCAGUAUCGUUAUCAUCCAGAACUUUCCCAACUUGAGGAAAAUCGCCAUCGAAAAGAUCCUUAAUGUGCUCAUAGCUCAUCAAUACCAGUGGUCUCAUGUGAGUUACGACUUUCUAGACAGCAAGUUGGUGUACAUCAAAUUAAACCAUUUAAAGGCGGUGAAACGCUUGUAUUCCUUCAAAGACACCAUACCGGAACUUUUCAAGUCAGCCACUAUUUAUUUUGAUCCGGAAGUGGUGCCGUUGUUGGACAAGAUUGAUGUUGAAGUCAGUGACUCCAACGCCAAAAAUGUCAGCGCUCGGGUCAACCAGAUCUUACAGAGUAAUAUAGGCAAAUCCUUGAAGUCGGGUACUGAAGAUUUGGAUGCGGUAUUAAAUUACUAUAGUAAGUACAAAGUGGACAACAAUGAAUUGAUUGAUGUCCCCAAUACCAUGAAGGAUAUGAUUGUCAAAGAUAUUAUCAAAUUUAGGUCCAAGGUGUUGAUAAUGGAAAGAGAUAACCGAAAGAAGGAAAUUGAACAAGAGAGAAUCAAAACAAAAGAAAGAUUGAAGCAAGUCUUCCAGGGACUACAGACUGAGGAUGUGGUUAUGGUGGAUUCCUCAAGCUCUGAUCUGGACAGCACGAAAAUUAAGGAAGAACAUGAAGAUAUGAAUGAAGAACAAUAUGAACAGCAUUUGAUAGAACAAGAACAGGCAAACCUCGAGAAAACAUAUCAAGAAAAGCUCUUACAAAUGAAAAAGUUGGAGAGCGAAAGAAAUAGCCUUGAGCAAAAGCUCGACAAGCUAAAGAACUACGAGACCACCUUGAUUGAUAACAAGUUCAAAUACAUCGAAGACAUAACAUCUGUUCAAGAUCAAGUCCAAGAAUCAAAGCGUACUUUAUCGACUGGUAACAGCUUGGCAUCGCUCGUAGGUUUGUAUUUUGCAGACCAUUCUCAAUAUUUGAAGUUGAGAACCCAGAAAAGGGCGUAUGAAGAGAGUCAGGACCAAUUGGAUAGAGAAGCAGAGGAGAAGGAAGUGCAAUCGAAUGAGCAAGCGACGCAGUUCAUUGCCAGCAUCAAGAAACCAAAAGUUGAUUCACCAAAAGCUGCUAAAGAAGUCAAUGUUGUCAUCUCCGAGCUUCCAGGCGAUGUCAACUCCAAGCUACAGUCCAAGAUCGUGGAAUUGGUGGAAGAGUAUUUGGGUAUCAAGGAUACGCUCUUAAUAGAUGUCAUCAAUGAAAAUUUGAAAGCGAAUAACCUUGAAGGAAAACUGGAUCUUGUUAACGAUUUAACUGAAGUCUUGGAUGAUGAUGCAGCUAAUUUGGCAGAUGAUUUAUGGGCUUUUAUAGCUACUUUAGUAUGA